AGCGACGAGGGAUCCAAUCGCCGACGUUGAAUUAUUCAUUUCCUCAGUUUUCUCUCCCAUGAGAAGAGAAGAGAAGAGGAGAGGAGAGGGGAGGAGAAUCAUGGAAACACUGGCCGACGGAUGCUUUCUGUCCGUUCGCAUCGUGUAUCGUAACUUAGUCGAUGAGCUGAUGUUGUAGUUGGAGUGCCUUCUUCCAAGCACCAUCUCCGCGACCGCCACUUCCACCUUCUUCAAAUUCAAACUCCAUCGCUACUUGACAGAGCUCAAUCGCUCUCUUCCCUUCCUCAAAACCAGGAGGAUGCGUUCAAACACAAGUGCCCGCGAAUCGAUGGCCACCACUUUGCUCAGAAAGAUCUGGGACUCCGUCUCCAAUCGUUCCCAGCCCAACAGAGAUUCUUCUUCUCUUCGCCACUCUUCUUUGGAGGACUCCUCGAUGUCCUCCGCGGGGCCCUUUGAUCGCAUACCUUCUGAUAUAUUAUUGCAAAUCCUCAAAUUGUUGGAACCCGGGGAGGCUGCCAGACUCAGCCUAGUCUGCAAAUGCUGGAGAGUCCUCGUCUCCGACGACCGCCUCUGGAUUUUCUUCCUUCAGAAUCGGCAGUCUGAAUUCUCCUGCGACUCCAUAUUCUUCUCCGAAACGCGUUUGGGAUUGGCAUAUCCUCUUCAGGCGAAACCCAAUCAUACGCCCCAGCUAUCUUUCAUGCGUGUCUAUGGCUUACGGGCAAAAGUCACUGGUUCUGUCAUUGUUGACGGGGGUUCUGGCUAUUGCAAGUUUGGUUGGAGCAAAUAUGAUUCCCCAUCUGGGAGAUCAGCAACGUUUUUGGAGUUUGGUAACAUAGAGACUCCAUUACUUUCUAGGCUUCAACAUUUUUUUGCAACAAUUUAUGGCAGGAUGCAGGUGAAACCUUCUACACAACCAAUUGUCGUGUCCCUUCCUAUCUGCCAUUAUGAUGAUACCGAAUCCGCUAAAGCUGCCAGAAGACAGCUAAAGGAAGUCAUCUAUUCAGCCUUGUUUGAUUUGAAAGUUCCUACUAUUUGUGCCAUAGAUCAGGCAACUUUAGUUUUGUUUGCAGCAAAACAAACUUCAGGAAUUGUUGUGAAUAUUGGUUUCCAUCAAGCAUCUGUUGUUCCAAUUUUGAAUGGUAAAGUAAUGCGCGAGGUGGGUGUUGAAGUUGCGGGACUUGGAGCAUUAAAGCUUACAGGAUUCCUCAAAGAACAGAUGCAACAGAGAAACAUGGAUUUUGAGUCAUUGUACACUGUUCGCACACUUAAAGAGAACCUAUGUUAUGUUGCUGUUGAUUAUGAAGCUGAGCUAUCUAAAGAUACAAAUGCUUCAUUUAAAGUUUCAGAAAGUUGGUUUACUCUUUCAAAUGAACGCUUUAAAACAGGAGAGAUCUUAUUCCAGCCACGCAUUGCUGGAGUGUGUGCAAUGGGUUUGCACCAAGCAGUGGCACUUUGCAUGGAUCAUUGCCAAGCAGCAGAAUUAACGGCUGAUCAUGGUUGGUUCAAGACUGUAGUCUUGGCUGGGGGAACUGCUUGUUUACCUGGACUAGCAGAGAGAUUAGAGAAGGAAGUUCGUGUACUUCUUCCCUCAUUCAUGGCCAAUGGUAUUAGGGUUAUUCCUCCGCCAUAUGGGGCAGAUUCUGCAUGGUUUGGUGCGAAGCUUAUCAGCAAUUUGAGUACGUUCCCGGGACCCUGGUGUAUGACAAAGAAGCAGUUCCGACAGAAGUGCAAGAGGCGGCAUUCCCUUAUGGGCCCAUGGUGAAGUUUUUUAUAAAUAAAAAAUAAAAUAAGAAUCUCUCUCUCUCUCUCUCUCUCUAUAUAUAUAUAUAUAUAUAUAUAUAUAUAUAUAUAUAUAUUACAGGAUACUUCAUACGUAUGUAUCCUGAUCAUCUUGGAAUAAGGUCGUCAAAAUUCAUGUAUUAGCAAUAGAUAUUGGGAGGAUUAUAUAUAUGGAUCAUGUAUAACAUUUUAUACAACUAUACAUGCUUGGAACUUCGCUUUGAGUUCAA